ACAAAACUUACUUCCUGUCGCACAAUACUUAGGUUUCACUUCCUGUCGAAAAUCCCUUUUUCUACUUAAAACUCUUCUCUUAAAUGUCCUGGUCGGUGAACCUUCAGUCGACCUCCGUCUUGCGCUCUUAGCCGUUGUCGUCCCGCUUCGCAGCAACAUGCAGUUCCUCCCCAAUUGUCCCUCAUGCAACGACAGUUACUGCAUCCAAGGUUCCUCCGUGAAUGCCCAUCGUCCAAAGUUGCUUUGCUGUGGCCAUACAUUUUGUGAAUCCUGUAUAAACAAGUUGACGGUCAAGAAUAAACUCAAGUGUCCAAAGUGUAAGCAAAGCACAAAUUUUACGAAAAACAAAGGAAGUGUGAAAGCCCUGCCACAGGAUAUUUAUGUGUCUGGUUUGUUGGCCCUCAAUCAGCAGACUCUGUUCCAACGGGAGUUUCACAAUCCGAUCUCUUACUCUCGUGAAAAGGCCCCUGUUGUGGAGAAAAACAAAACCGUUUUCUGUUUUGAAUGUCAUCAGGUGUCCGCUGACAUUGAAUGCCUCCAGUGUGACGUAGCGAUGUGCAAUCAGUGUUUCAAAAAGGUCCACACCAAUUCUGUUGCUCUCAAAAUGCAUCAGUCUGUCCCACUAGGUUCAGAGACGGCUGCAAUCAACCAAGAAGUCGACAAGUGCCUUGUUCAUAAGAAUCGGAUCCUUGAGUAUUACUGCCAAGAUGACGAAGUGAACAUUUGCUCUCGAUGUGUGAUAAUUGGCAAACACAAGGGACAUAACAUUAUUGCUAUUGAGAAACACAAUGAGAAUUUGUUGGACAGUUUGAAAGAAUCUUUACCUACAGCAAGUAUCGUGAUAAACAAAAUGAAAUCAUCGUUAAAGGAAUUAUCUACAUUGGCAUCAAAGGAUAAAGAACACCUUGUGACAGUCAGCAUAGCAAUCCAUGAAUAUUUCCAUUUCUUACAUGCAAAGCUACAAACGAGAGAAAUGCAGUUAAUUGAAGAAGCAAUGAAAACAUUUGAGGAGACUAAGUUACAAUCUGAGGAUUUCAAAAAACAAUUGACUGAAGAUUUGAAGAAUUUGGAAACUGAUUUUAACUCUGCUGUUGAGAUGUUAAACAACACUGAAGAAAUUCAUGGCAAUAUCUUGAAAGUUAUAAACACCAUCAAAAAAGCAGAAAAUAUUCCAUGUUAUCUGAAAUUGCCUGAAAGUAACGAAGCACCAUUCCGAUUUCUUCCAAGUGAAGACAUUGUUAAACAUAUUGGAAGACUGGGACGCAUUGAGCUGGAUGAAAAGCACAAGCAUUUGAUCUCAUCACUUGGAGAAUUUCCAGAAGCCAUCACUGAGGAAGAUUUGGAGAGCAGCAAAGACAUCACCCUCAGCUUCCAGUCGUUUUCAUAUCCUAAGGCCUUUGAUAAAGAACCAGAACCAAAGCCCUGUGAGAAGCAAGCGUUGAGGCGACCCCAUCUGCUACAAAGAUCAAUAUCUGGUCAAGUUGAACAAGUGUUGGUGACGCAUUUGAAAAACCCUUCUGACUUCAUGGUGCAGAAAUGUUCAAACAUUCAAAAGUUGAAGUCACUGAUGAAGCAGAUAGAGAAUUGGUGUUUGGCUGCAUCAGGCAUUAAAGACAACAUGUUAUUAGAUGUAAAGCUUGACGACUUUGUUUUUGCCCAGUACUCCUUGGACAAUAACUGGUACCGUGCACGGGUGAAGAGGGUUGAGACUGUCAUUGAUGAUGUGCAGAAGGCUUAUGUCAAAGUAGUGGAGGUUUUCUAUGUUGAUUAUGGAAAUUCAGAGAUAUUACAUAUAAACAAGUUAUUGCUGCCACCAGUGAAGUUCUUCAAAGAACCAGAAUAUGCCAUCAAAUGCUGUCUAUCAAACAUCACUUCAGUUUCUCAGGACGAUGUUUGGUCUGCUGAGGCCAUCAAGGUGUUUGCUACAAUAGUUCAUUCCAAAAUACUGACCAUGACCGUAUUGAAAGAGCAACACGGUGUUUGGUACUGCAAUCUAUGCACACCCCCUAACAAUCAUAUUCGAGACGACAUCCCCACAUCAUUGCAAGAUGCCCUGGUUUUCCUUGGUUUUGCAAAAUAUGAGGCCAGUGAAACUUCGCUGCUUCAUAAAGAUGCAACAAGUCGUGAUUACCCUUCCGCUGAACGGAGAUUCGUUUCAGAGACGCUUGAAGUGAUGGUCACUCAUGCAGAAAAUCCUCUGCAUUUCUACAUUCAAAAAAUGGGCAUUGAAUACCAAUACUUGGCUGUGUCUAUGGAAGACAUGCAGACUAUUUACCAAGCAGACACCAAAGAUCUCUGGGUGAUUUACUGUCCAGUUAAAGACCUGGUGUGUGCUUGUCAAUGUCCUAGCGAUAACAUGUGGUACCGAGCUAAAGUUAUUGAUGCACCAGGUGAGCAAAUGGUCAAUGUUUGUUAUGUAGACUAUGGAAAUACAGAGAUAGUCUCGUACAGAAAUCUCCGCAAGUUGCUGGAUAAGUUUAUCAUGUUACCCAUUCAGGCGAAACUUUGUAAAUUGGCGUACGUAGAACCACUGGAUUCCAAGGAAGACUGGACCAUGGGAACCAAUUGGUUAGUUGAAAAUUUUCUUCUGAAAGAAUGUCUUAUCGAAGUUGUUGCUGUCCAUGAUUCCUAUACAGAAGUGGUCCUACAGCAUACGGAGUCGAAUUUGAUUGUCAACGAAGCUAUCGUAGAAUUGGGAUAUGCUAAGAAGUCUGCAACAGCACCUGACAAAAUACCUCCGAUCUACCUCAGAAGUUGCGAAAGUCCCAGUAUUAAUGGAUCCUUAUCACCUGAACCCUCCGUAGAGAAGCAGAACAACAACCUGUCUAGUAUCAAUCCAGUACAGCCCCCAGGGGACCAGAAGAGUCCUCCCAUAACACUGUCAGAAUCUCAAAUUGAAGUUACCAUCAGUGUAUUCCGUAGUUUGUCAGAGUUUUAUCUGCACACUGUAGAAAACCACACGAAACUGACAAGUCUGAUGGAGUCCCUAGAAGAGUAUUAUAACAAUUCCGAGGCUGAACCUGGCGUCACAGGUACAAUAGGUGGUGAUUAUGCUAUUUAUUAUCCAGUGGAAGAUAAACCAUUCAGCUGGUAUCGAGCCAGAGUUCACGACAUCCUGCACAGCAAUUUAAUACAGGUUUUCUUCGUAGAUUUUGGCAACACAGAAAUUGUUCAGGUAUCAAACAUCCGUAUGUUAGCCACUAAUUUUAUGGUGAAUUCUUCCUAUGCCAUGAAGUGCCAUCUGUCUGGCUACAUCCCAGCUGGUGACAAGAAGGAAUGGUCACAGACAGCUUGUGAGUUUGCUAUUGAAGAAUUAAAAGGCAAACGCUAUUAUGUUGUUAAGAAGGAAGAAAUUGUCAAUGGUUCCCUACCUGUAGAUCUCCUCAUAGAAAACUUCACUGCAGAAACGGCCCUGGAACCUGCAUCUAGAGAUUAUUACAGUCUUGGGAAGAAAUUACAAGAAAAUGGAUUGGCCAUACCCACAAGAAAAUUACAAACGAACUCUAGUCCUUCUGUGACUUCAAAUAGUGAAGACGUAAAAUGCCUGAAGCGACCCCCUGACAUUCACUUCAAGGAUUGCCCUUUGCCCUCAGACAACGUAAUUUAUGUUGUCCCCACUUACAUCGAUGACGAUGGGACCAUAUUUGCUCACGAAUGUCACAAAGAUGAGACGUCCCCAUUGGAAGAACUAAACAAGUUGCUCUAUGCUCACUAUCCUAACUGCCUUACACAGCACAUAGAACCGAUUUGCUGGGAGAUUGGUGAUUCCUGCCUCUGUUUCUAUGAAGCUGAGAAAGUCUGGGCCCGUGCCACAAUAUUAGCUGUGCAAGAAUUAAUCAAGGUUCGUUACAUUGACUAUGGAAACCACGACAUGGUUUCACUGAACAAACUGCGGCCUGAUAUUGAACCCGUUGCACAUUUACCUCCCCUCUGUCUUCACAUCAAACUUCAUGGCAUCGUUCCGGUUUCUGGCAAAUGGACCUCAAAUAUCUUGGACGUCAUGCAUAACAUCAUUGUUGGAAAGCUGUGUGGAAUUCAGCAAAUGUCAUCAAAAGAAAACGGAACAUGUGAGGUUCGUUUGAUAGAUCCAGACGGUCAAGAACUGGGAGAACUUCUCUGUGAUAAAAAGUACACUUACCAAAAAUACAGUCUCACUUUCUUGGAAGAACAAAGCGAAAAGAUUGCACAUAUGUUGCAGACAUGCAAUCCAUUCAAGAACAUGAAGUUCACUUUUAACAAGUCUAUUCCUGUUUUAGUGACACAUGUCGAACUACCAAAUGUGAUAUAUUUCCAAAAUUCCCAAAGGUCCAGCAGUGAUGAGGAAAGUCGUCGGAUUAACUCGCAGCUUCUCCAGCUCGAAGAGAUGUCAGUUGAACUCAACGAAUAUGCGCUUUCUGCUCCUCCGAUUAAAAAGACGGUUGUUGGUAAAGCAUGUUGCUGUCAGUUUACAGUGGAUGACUGUUGGUACCGAAGUGUUAUUGCUGAUGUUAAACAGACUGAUAUGUUGGUUCUCUAUGUUGACUAUGGGACGUCGGAAUAUAUCGAUAAGUCAAGGAUUCGGGAAAUCUCACAGAAGUUUCUAAAGUUACCCUCACAGGCUGUGCGCUGCGUUGUGAAGGGCAUGAAACCCUCAGAUGAAUCACAUCAAUGGACCGAGGAAGCAAUGAAGGCUGUUAUUGAUUCUGUCGUUAACAAAGAACUUGAUGCAGUUUUACAGAAAACUCAACGGCCUUGGCUUGAAGUUCAGCUGUAUGACCCGGCUGCAGAAUCUGCCCUUGCUUACCAAAGUGUUAUAGAUUCUGAACUUGUAAGCUGCGAAAGGGACUCCCCAUAAGGAAUUCUCUCUUGUAAGGUGGGGGGGGGGGAGUCACAUUUGGAUUAAAAUGUCAAACAGUUCUUCCCUAUAAAGGAAAACAGUUUCAGAAUUCAAAAUAAAAUAAAAUAAAACAUCAAGCAAAAAGUUUCCCGAAAAGUAACCCAAAAAGAAUACGAAAUGAGAGGGAAAGAAAUUUCAUUCAAUUCGGAUCUUUAACUUUCUCUGACAACAUUUCUGGAGAGAAGUGUUCACUUCUGAACUGGCAGAGAGAAUGGUAUUUGUUGUAUAUUUAUUUUCAAUUUUAUUUUGUUUAAUUUGAAACAAUGAAAGUUAAAGAUCGAUGCAGUAUUAUUAAGAGGGAUUAACCACUAAUCUGACAUAAUAAAAUAAAGAGUUUGUUUUAUAUUGAAGAGAGCGAGAAAGAGAGAGACCAUUGGCAGUGAAUCCAUCAUCCCUUAAUGCUAAUUCUCAAUGUUUAGAAGGGUUUCUUUCUCCUUCCUUUCGAGAAAAGGAACCACUUCACAAGUCAAAAACUGGCGUUUCAUUACACGAUUACACUCUGUCUUCCAGAUCCUAAUAUUGUUGUAUAAACUCAUUUCAUCCCUAAUUGACUAAGCCUGUGAUCAAAGAGGAUCUUAAAGAGAUUAAGACGUGAUAAUACGAUAGUAAAACACGAAGCUUGGCCAUUGAAGUCUCCACUGUAAAGGGAGAUAACUUUGAAUUUUUUUUUU